UUAUUCUGCACAAGCUAUACGAGUUCCCAUGGUCAAUACCCUUGCUUCGUAUAUGGCCAGGCGCUGGGAUGGAAGUGGAUGAACGCUGAUUGGGAUAUAUACUGGAGUCGGAGGUAUUCUGCACUUGUUAAUUCGAAGCCGCAAGCAUUAUUCGGCUAGGGUGUGGGUGCUUGUGUUUAGGUGCAAAAAUGGCCUUCCUAAACAGAGUUGGGAACUUGCUAAAACAAACUGUCAGCAAGGGUGUUAGUUCCGAGUAUUCUGCAUCAAAUGCUUCACUAUUUCAGGCAAUAAGAUGCAUGUCAUCAUCUUCAAAGAUCUUUGUUGGAGGUCAGGUCUCUCUUAUAGCACAGAUGAGACAAGUUUGAGGGAAGCUUUCUCCCAGCAUGGAGAAGUGGUUGAAGCCAGAGUCAUUUUGGAUCGUGGGACUGGUAGGUCACGGGGAUUCGGUUUUGUUACAUUCUCAUCCACCGAGGCUGCUUCCAGUGCCAUCCAGGCAUUUGAUGGUCAGGAUCUCCACGGAAGGAGGAUUGCGGUAGAUUAUGCUAAUGAGAGACCUCGGACUGGAGGAUAUGGUGGUGGUGGUUUUAACUAUGGUCAGAGUGGAAACUAUGGUCAUCAAGGAGGGGGAUAUCAAGGAGGAGGAUAUCAAGGAGGGGGAGGAGGAUAUCAAGGAGGGGGAGGAGGAUAUCAAGGAGGGGGAUAUCAGGGUGGUGGUUACCCCAGGGAAAGUAGCAACUUUGGUGGAGAUGGUGGGUUUGGUGGUAGCAACCAGUAUCCCAGUGGAGGUGGUGGCUUUGGUGAUGUUAACAACUACCCGAGUGGUGGAGGUAGUAGUUACACUGGUGGUGAUUCUGUACAAGGUGGUGGCAGUAGCAGCAACUACUCUGCUGAGGCUCAAGCUGGCUUUUCUGGGACACAUGAUGAAAGCCAGGACAUUCUGGCGAGUCAUCAAGCUAGUAGCGAUGCUGGAAAUGACGAGAUUGAAGCUGGCUCAUCAGAUGAAAAUGCAGGGGACAAGUCACAGGAUGACGAUAAUGAUGAUGAACCAAAUGACUAUGCUGACACUAAGAGGAGCUAAGUUAGUUUCAAACUCUCAAAGCUCACUCCAGCAGCAGUCUUCUUGGUUAUGUGAACACAUAGUAAUUCAUACUUGCCCUGGACCCUACAAGUUAUUGCAAAGGGGUUUUUUUAAGACCCUUGGAUCUAUUCCUAUGUUCUAACAUUGCAUGUAGUUGAUAUAUAUAAGACACAUUUUGUAUAAACAACUCUUUGAUUUAAUAGUUCCUUUAUCAUAAAUUCUA